AUGGCCAUCAAUCCCAAUCAGGUGCGCUCGGAGCAAAAGACGCUGCACGCGGCGGCCUCGGUGGAGACCGCGAGCGCGACGGCAGGCUCCGUCACCGAUGAUGUCGAGCUAGCGAACUCUGAGGUUCCCGCGGCUGGGCACUUGCAGCAGAACCUUGCGGCCGGUUGCGAAGGGAGCGCUAUCAAGCAUGACCACAAGACGCCGAAAAGCAGAGAGCAGCCCACUUCGGCCGAUACCCGCCUGGGUAGCAAGCGCCACAUCGGUGAGGCCGUGGAGAAGAUGUUUGCCCAAGAGGCCAAGGCUUAUCACGACCGCAAUCGGGCCAAGGCCUCGUCCGUGGCGAUACCGAAUCACUCGGGCUAGCCACCGCGAUAGUCGCCGCUCAUAGCGUCUCGCUGCAGUGAUUUCCACAUCAACUGUACCCGUGAGCUCAUGGAGGCAACAAAUA